UACAAGUUGAGAAUUAUAGGUUAUGGUGAUUCGGGGAUUAACACCGGUUGUUGUGUUAUUCUGGGACUCAAUGCGAUCAUUGUUGUCGUGGGAGACACCACCACAACAAUGCGACCACCGUCCUCGAUUAUCUCCGUCGGCCAAAUUGACUCCUCGUUGAAAUUGAAGAGAUCACAGAGUAUUCCUAUUCCAAGGAAUACGCCACAUACGACACGGCGUUUCACCUACAAAUCGUCUGGUCACCAGUUUCGCGACUUCACCCGAAAUCUCCCACCAGAUACACCUCAAUCGACUCUGUACCACCUCCAUCUCCGCGGACCUCUCUACGGCAUCAAUAUCCAACCCAGCUUGGUCCCUACCCGAUCAGGGACGCCUUGUUCAUCUGGCGCAGCACUCGCCGAAGCGGAUCCGCAACAGCGCCAACUUCAGCUGCAACAUCGCGUCGUGGCCGACAUCACACAAUCCCAUUUCCACCCCAGACCAUCGCCUUGCGUUCUCUCCCACCACUAUCUAUCUAUAGCAAAAGCCCUGACCCCCACAAACACCGGUACGUGUAUACUCUCUUCACCGACACAGGUCAGCUGUCAACACACCCUCUGUCCGUCUAUAGGCUUCAUUCUCUCCCCACUGGACCUUUUACUUGAAACUCAAUUCUACCACUUGGACAUGAAAGCUGUCCUCUACAGCUGAAUCAACACCAGCCCGAUUGCCAUUCUUCUUUCAUGUUGUCUUUCGCAGCCAGCUGUGCACCCGAUGCUUCUCCAUUCCAAAUCAUCCGGAUUUCGGUUCUAAUUCUCACACCGCAACUCCCCUGCGUCUCCCUCAUGCCUCUCCGAGGAGAAAGACGCAAUUUAAUUUAACUCUCACAUUAGUGGACACCAGAAUCGUAG